CACGCUGAGCUCGAAUCCAUCGCCAAACUUGUACGAGCUCCACACCACUCGAUCUUUUGUCGAGCUAGAGCGGAAAGCUAGCUGGGUCGGCUGGUUGACAGCCCUAUCCCCAGCCAGCCUUGAUGCGCCGGCGCCAGGCGACACCAGGAGAAAGCGAGAGGAAGGAGCCGCCGGCCUUACCGAGACUCUGUGCCUCAGCCUCACUCACUCUGUCGCUGGUGAUUGGCGGAGAGCUCCAAUAAACGAACAGCCAAGGUACCACCAUCCUUGUGUUGCAUAAAUUUCGGGCUCUAUUCGUUGCGAUUCUCGCGUGGCCCGCCGAUCCGUGCCUCCCUCUGCAUCUCGAGUUGGUUGUUGAUUGCAAAGGGGACUCUGCAGCGGAUUUCCGUACAUAGAUACUAACUGAACACACUUACUGAAUCUGAAUGUCAAUUCUGUUAGGGUGUGAUAUGGCUCGAAACUCUAUUGAGAACAGGACCAGAAACACUCUAGUUGUAGUUGUGGUCUUUGGCCUCUGUUCCUCCUUCUAUCUUUUGGGUGCUUGGCAGAGAAGUGGACCCGGAAGAGGUUACCAUCCAGUACUUGUGCUAACCGGGCAGAAUAAAUGUGCACUUGCACCCAAUCUAAGUUUUGAGUCCCAUCAUAGCGCAUCCGACCUUCCUAAUGAUACCAGUAGUUCUGAAAUUAAAUUUUUUGAGCCAUGCAAUGAGCAGUACACUGAUUACACUCCUUGCGAGGAGCAAAAGCAUGCAAUGACCUUCCCUAGGGAUAACAUGAUAUAUCGGGAGAGGCAUUGCCCGCCAGAAAAGGAGAAACUUCACUGUCUGAUUCCAGCACCAAGGGGUUAUGUUGCUCCUUUUCGGUGGCCAAAGAGCCGUGAUUUCGUUCCUUAUGCCAAUGUACCUCACAAGAGCCUUACAGUCGAAAAGGCUAUCCAGAACUGGGUACACUAUGAGGGCAAUGUGUUCAGGUUUCCUGGUGGUGGAACACAGUUUCCUCAGGGUGCAGAUAAAUAUAUAGACCAGCUUGCUUCUGUUAUCCCAAUUGCUGAAGGAAAAGUGAGAACUGCACUCGACACUGGUUGCGGGGUUGCCAGUUUGGGCGCUUACCUGUUGAAGAGAAAUGUUUUGACUAUGUCAUUUGCACCAAGGGAUAAUCAUGAGGCACAAGUACAGUUUGCAUUGGAGAGAGGGGUCCCUGCAUAUAUUGGUGUUCUUGGAUCAAUAAAGCUGCCAUUCCCAUCUCGUAUCUUUGACAUGGCCCAUUGCUCAAGAUGUUUAAUUCCUUGGAGUGGAAAUGAUGGUAUGUACAUGAUGGAAGUUGACAGGGUGCUAAGGCCUGGUGGAUAUUGGGUACUCUCUGGCCCACCUAUUGGCUGGAAGAUUCACUAUAAAGGGUGGCAACGGACAAAGGAAGACCUUCAGAAUGAGCAAAGGAAAAUAGAACAAAUUGCAAGACUUCUUUGUUGGAAGAAGAUAUCUGAGAAGGAUGGCAUCGCCAUUUGGAGAAAGAGAUUAAAUGACAAAUCUUGCUCCAUGAAGCAAGAUAAUCCAAAAGUCAGCAAAUGCGAGUUGACAAAUGACAGUGAUGUAUGGUAUAAGAAAAUGGAAGUUUGUAUAACCCCCCUUCCCGAUGUUAAUAGUGUAUCAGAUUUUGCUGGUGGGCAAUUAGAGCCUUUUCCCAAGAGGCUUAAUGCGGUACCUCCUCAGAUAGGCCUUGGUUCUGUAUCUGGGUUCUCAGUUCAGUCGUAUGAAGAGGACAAUAAACUUUGGCAGAAACAUGUUGAGGGUUACAGAAAAACCAAUAACUUGCUUGGUACUGGAAGAUAUCGCAAUAUAAUGGACAUGAAUGCGGGUCUUGGUAGCUUCGCUGCUGUACUGGAGUCCACAAAGCUGUGGGUCAUGAAUGUCGUUCCAACAAUUGCAAAUACUUCCACUUUAGGUGUAAUCUACGAGCGUGGAUUAAUAGGAAUGUAUCACGACUGGUGUGAAGGAUUUUCUACUUACCCAAGGACAUAUGACCUCAUACAUGCUAAUUCCAUCUUCAGCUUGUACCAAAACAAAUGUACAUUUGAAGAUAUACUCCUGGAAAUGGACAGAAUCUUACGCCCGGAGGGCGCAGUUAUUAUCCGUGACAAGGUUGAUAUUCUUGUGAAGGUGGAGAAAAUAGCCAAAGCCAUGAGGUGGGACACCAAGUUGGCCGACCAUGAGGGUGGCCCUUAUGUGCCUGAGAAGAUACUCUUUGCGGUUAAGUGAUACUCGGCCGUAGCAAAUAAGAGCAGCUAACAAUGUCAAAUAAUUUUUCUCCAGUCACCCGGAUAACUUGGCUCCUGGCUGUGUUUAUUGAGAAAACCCUGUUGACUAUAGUUUGAAAAUUGACAUUCCAUGUUGGGUUCUAAAGAGCUAAAACAAUCACACUGGGAGAGUAAAUUAUGCGAGUCCUACUCGUAAUUUGAUUUUUCCGCUGCAUAGCUUCUGAUGAUUGUACCAAAUGAUCGAUGGGCCUGUUGCAAGUAACUCAUCUCUGUUGAGACAGAUGCAGCUGUUUAUAGUUUUAGGACCUCCUCAACAAUCCAUCAGCAAGACAUGAACUACAAGUUUGCUGAGUUUUUUGUUCAGCUAGGUGUUUAGAUAGGAUUAAUCUGCUGUCACCCCACCUUUUGUUGUUGUAUCUUAGAAUUUCUUGAAUUGGAGAGUGUAUCUGAACCUAUAAGGUUUCGUCCUACUUGAUUUGAAUAACAACCAUUUUGAGCCCA